CCUUCGCAAUGUCGUCGCCCUACUUUUGUGAACUGUGUCUUCCCUCUAGCCCUUUUUACAUAGCCAUUCUGUUGGGUGCCAUUAGCCCACACGUCGAAUUCCUUUUUUUUGGUUAAUAAUACAGAGCGUCACCCAUCAAUCAUCACACAAUGUCUGAGACCGAAGCCAAGCCAGCGCCUUAUGCAGAGAGUGCUACCGAGAGUUCCGUCUCACCAUCUCCCUCACCUCACCGGCGACGACGUGGCCGAAAGGGAAAGUCUCAGCAGAGUUCUGUGCAACAGAUGCAAGACCCAAACCAGGCCUGGCAGCAGCAGCAGAUGCAAAUGCAACAACAGCAACAGAUGAUGCAGCAGCAACAACAACCACAAGACGAUGGAAAAAGUGAUACACUGAAAUUGCGACUUGAUCUGAAUAUUGAAGUCGAAGUUACGCUCAAGGCUCGCCUGCAUGGAGACUUGACACUUUCCCUUCUGUGAGCCUUCUUUGCCCUCUUACCCUCUUGCACCACGUUGGGUGUUAUGUACUAACCACUCAAACAGGGACACUUAAAUCAAUACUUAAUCACGACAUCUCGUUAUACGAGCUGGACUCAGUUACCCUGGGUUACAUUUUGGCUUUCCUAUCAUG